AUGGCAAAAGGCAACCUCACUGGCACUUCAGAAUUCCUCCUGCUGGGACUGUCCGAGGUGCCUGAACACCAGCUCCUCCUCUUCAUCUCGUUCCUGUCCAUGUACCUGGUCGCUGUCCUGGGGAACCUGCUCAUCGUCCUGGCCAUUAGCUCCACCCCCCAGCUCCACAUGCCCAUGUACUUCUUCAUAGCCAGCCUGUCGUGUGUCGAUGUCUGCUUCACCUCUGUCACCAUGCCCAAGAUGCUGCUCAACAUCCACAGCCACAGCCCGGCCAUCCCCUUUGCUGGGUGCCUCGCUCAGAUGUACUUUCUGAUUCUCUUUCUAGAACUGGACAAUGUGCUUUUGGCAGUGAUGGCCUAUGACAGGUUUGUGGCUAUCUGCCACCCUCUUCACUAUGCCACAGUCAUGAGCCCCAAAUUCUGCGCCACCUCACUGUUGGUGGCUUUGGUUGUCACCAACGUCUACCCCUUGACGCACAUCGUGCUGAUCGCCCGGAUGUCCUUCUGUGCGAGCGUCAGGAUUCGCCACAUGUUCUGUGAGCUCUACGCGCUGCUCCAGCUUUCCUGCUCAGACAUCCGCAGCAACGAGCUGACUGUGUACACUCUGGGGAGUCUCCUCUUUGUCACCCCCUUCCUCUUCAUCUCCUUCUCCUACACGCGCAUCUUUGCAGCCAUCUUAAGACUUCCUUCCUCUCAGAGCAGGCUGAAAGCCUUUUCCACGUGCAGUUCUCACUUGGCGGUAGUGUCGCUGUUCUAUGGGACCCUGUUUGGCGUGUAUCUGCGACCUUCAUCCUCCUACACAGUGGGAGACUCUGUGGCCACUGUGCUCUACGCAGUGGUGGCUCCCAUGCUCAACCCGUUCAUCUACAGUCUAAGAAACAAGGCUAUGAAGGAAGCUGUGCGGGGCCUCCUCAGCAGGAGGCAGCCUAGCUCAUGGUGA